UCUCUCUAAACACAUGCCAACUCGCCAGAGCAAGGCGGACAGGGGAGACGACGGCGGGCGAAGCCGGCAGGAGUGCGGAGCGGCGGCGGCCGGCGGAGCCGAGCGGGCGGCGACGCGCGAAGCCGAUAGGAGGAGGUUGAGCAGCGGCUGGAGCGGGCUACGAGCGGGGCGCAGCGGCCGGCCGGCGGAGCAGGUUGGGCAGUGGCCGGAGCGGGCUACGAGUAGGACGGCGCCUCGUCGCCGUCGUUCGCGGCCCGCACAAAGCGUUAGACGGAUAAUGUCAUCAACGACAUGGUUCUCCGAUUCGUGUCGAUGACGCGAGACCCACCGCUGAUCACCGGCGACGCCCUGGCGCUACACCCGAUCGACGUCUGCCACCGAAGCCUCCUCCAUGGGACGCCGCCACCACCUCCGCCGAGCACCGGCCGCAAGAGGCAGCGGGAGGACGAGUUCGUCCCGUCGGUGACGGAGCUGGAGCAGGCGGGCGUCCACUUCAGCCGCAGCCCAACGCGGAGCCUCCGCGACAUCAGCUUCCGGCCCGGCGACGACGUGCGGCUGCUCAGCGGCGGCGUGGUGUCAAAUGGGCUGGGCAGCGACAAGGCGGUGGCGAGGAUGUUCAACCGGCUGGCGAAAAACGCAGUGCUGGACCGGCGGAGCCCGCUGCGCGGCGUGCAGGGGCAGGUGAACGACCACCGGGAGAACGCGUGGAACGAGUGGUGGGCCACGGCCGGAGCUGAGGGCGGAGCAGCUACGGGCCGCGGGAAGCUCCUCUCCUCCAGCCGGUCAGCGCCCCGCGCCCCUCCGUCCACCUCCGCGACUUCUCCCCCGCCGGCCGGCCGCUCCGUCCCUCUGCUCCGGCCACGACGCGCCGCCGGUCCUCUUCUCUACCGGCUGCCGACCAGCCGCUCCGCCCACAAGUUGUGGGCCACAACACGCCGCCGCUCCGGCCACCGACCCGCCGCUGCCCGCCCCGCUUCGCCCCUCGCCUCCGCCCUCUGCUCUGCCGCUGCUCCGGCCGCCGCCCACCCCGCUCCGCCGGCUGGAGAGAGAGAAGUGGGAGAGAGAGAUGAGGGUAGUGAGGAUGACGUGUGGGCCCCACCACUUUUUAUUAUUUGUGUAAACCUGACAUGUGGGUCCCACGGGUUUUAUUAUUUUUUGGAUCAAAUUGCCACGUAAGCGCCACGUCAAUGCCCACGUUGGACGAAAACCUAGUCAAAGGAGCGCCACGUAGGCGCCACGUCAGCCAAAACCAGCGACUAUACCGCUGAGGGAGCUUCUUUGCACGGUUUUGUAAGUUGGUUUUGUGCUGCAGAGAUAAAAAUUAGACUGGACGAUACCUAAAGUGAACUUAUUCCUAGUGGCGGAUCUGUCAUGGAUCGAUGGGGCUUGAACACCUGUUUUUUCUUUUCUCAACUCUUCACGUAUAUACGCUGUAGUAGUAUCUGAACUUUUUUUUUUUGAGAACUUAGUAGUAUCUGAACUUACGCACAAACUCACACCACCCAUGUACACCAAGUGCAAGUUAUAUCUACGCAAACCCAGAGAUUGCACGUGGUGCUGAGAUAUAUUGAAGUCAUCAACAGGCUUCA